GGGAUGUUCUUGAACACAACUUCCCCCCGGAGGUCGUUCAGCGUUCCCAUUAACAUCAACCUGCAGGGUGCUCGCAGGAGGCAGACACGGUGUGUGUUUAUAUGGAGAACCAGGGAGUUCCUGCAGACCUCAGCAGGUCAGGACACAGACUGGAUUCGAGGGGUGGAUGAAGGACAGCGGGCUCGCUCCCUGGUGCCGGUGUCCAGCGUCGGGGAGGACAGAGCCAUUCUGCUGGGGUUCACCAUGAUGGCCUUCUCUGUGCUCAUGUUCUUUGUAGUCAGCAUGACUGUGAUUAAACCCCUGGUCACCAGGUAUGACGACGUUUUCCUGCCUGUGUCACAAAACACACUGGAGUUCCUGCAGACCUCAGCAGGUCAGGACACAGACUGGAUUCGAGGGGUGGAUGAAGGACAGCGGGCUCGCUCCCUGGUGCCGGUGUCCAGCGUCGGGGAGGACAGAGCCAUUCUGCUGGGGUUCACCAUGAUGGCCUUCUCUGUGCUCAUGUUCUUUGUAGUCAGCAUGACUGUGAUUAAACCCCUGGUCACCAGUAACUGGGAAGAAAAGACCAGCUGUGUUCUGGUGCAGGCCGACAUCCUGAGAGAGUGGGUGGACUGCAGAGGUGUGAGCACCGUGCCCUGCCUCAGGGUGACGGUGAACCUAACAGGCACUAAUCAAAGUGCUGUUUUACACUUCAAUGAAGAAUCAGUUCUCUUUGUUCCACAGCAAUCAACGCUUCCAACUUUCUUUCUCUCACAGUGUUUCUACGUUCCAAAGUGCCGAAUGGACAUAACAGAACUUCAAGAUGAAGCCCAGAGAGUGAAGCGAUCGCUGGAGGCCCAGUUGGGCGGCAAUUCUUCAUGCUACACUGACCGCACCAAAAACCCUGGAAGCGUCAUCUUGAACAGGAAGUACACGUGGAGGAAGGCCCUGUCGGCGCUGCUGUGGCCUGUGCUGAUGCUGGCUGGGGGAGCUCUGCUGGUGGGCCUGGUGAAGCUCACGCAGUGCUUAGCUCACUUGUCAGCUGAGGUGAGCUUCCAGGCGGGGGGCAACAGGCUCGCCGGCAGGUACAACCAGGGGAAACUCUACAGACUGCUGCGGAGGUCCAGCACGCAGGCGCCAACCUAAUCGGCCUCGGCC